AUGGAUUCAGAUACUUGGUAUACUCCUUCAACUGUACGCCAAUUCAACCGAUAUAAACGCAAACUCGAGGCUUUGGAAGAGGAAGAUGAAGAUAACUAUGAUGAGGACUAUAUAUAUGAAGGAUUACAGAAGCUUUAUAAGGGUAGUAUUGCAAUGGCCAAUACAGUGGCUCUUUUGCAGGAGGAGCUCUCGCAGACAACUGCCGCCUCGGCUGCUCGCAAACGCCGUCUGAACGGCUCACGGAGGGUAGUUCAUAAAGGAGGAGUCAUCUCUGCAGAUAAUAUUCGCAAAAUGACAGCUAUUCAUCAUCAGAUUGGUAUUGAGGAGGCAUUGGAGAAGUUACGGCCAAAAUUGAAGAAGGUUAUGAAGGAACUUAAGAGAUAUUGCAGAGACAAAGGCAUUUAUGUUAAUGCCACCAAAUUUACAAGGAAUUCACGGCAAUAG